GUCUGCCACAAAACUCUACGGCGCAACACAAAACCUGUUCCCAACUCCCAGGGACCCUCUCCCGACCCCCGUGGUCCAGGCUAGAGUUUUCACUAGGACGCUGCUCGAGUGCUCUCUCACCAGGGCGUUACUAAAGGCGUUGUUGUUUGCCAACCUCUUAGUCGGGUUUCCUCCGUUUCCGCUUCCUUUCCGGACAUUUGUUCUCUUUUUUAAUAUUAUCUUCUCUGAGUUCCCAGAGCUGACCCAUCCCAGGAAACCAACCCCUCGUUUACCUCGCGCUCGUCCCGCACUAACAAGUGACGCUCCUCGAACACGCCAUAAUGGCCGGCUACGAGGCUGAAACCAGCGAUCGGCCGUCUCAAACGUCCGUCAACCCCGCACCCAAGCCUGUCAGAAUGUGGGACGUUUUCCGUCCGCACAUUCUGGACUGGGUCGUGUUUCUGUUCCUGGUGGGAGGGGCCAUCGCCGUCGAUGCCAUCCACCCCUUCCAGCAAUUCGUUAACGCCGAUUACAUGCAGAAGUACAUGUACCCGUUAAAGCCCGACUCGGUACCGUUUUGGGCCGUACCGGUAGUACCUGCGCCUCGCUGUCAGGUAGUACCUGCGCCUCGCUGUCAGGUGUACGCUAUCGGGCUUCCAUUGCUGGUGUUCGCUGUUUUCUUGAUCGUGCGGCGAGACUUCGUCGAUUUCCACAGCUCGCUCCUCGGCUUCGUUUUCGCGGGCGCCUCCACCUUUCUCGUCACCAACGCCGUGAAGGUCUCUAUUGGCCGGCCGCGCCCGCACUUCUUCAUCGUUUGCUUCCCCUCGGGCGUUCCGGUGUAUGGCAGCAAUGGCAAUGCACUCUGCAACGGCGAUUCGUCCAAAGUGAUGGAGUCGAGACUCAGCUUCCCCAGCGGCCACACCUCCAUGUCUUUCGCGGGCCUGACCUACCUCGCUCUCUUUGCAGCAGCGAAACUGCAAGCUUUCAGUGCGAGAGUAAGAGGGCAGCUGUGGCGGAUAGUGCCGUCUGCGUUCUGCCUGGCUGGGGCCACCUCUGUCGCCAUCACUCGAGUAGUUGACUACUGGCACUUCCCCUUCGACGUGUUCAUGGGCGGGUUGAUUGGCAUGACAAUUGCAACCGUUUGCUACUUCCUGCACUUUCCUUCACUGUCCAACCAGCACUGCGAUAUUCCCCUCUUGUCGCUUGGCCCAGAUGCGCAAUCUUGCCAGCUCUCCUGUUGUGGUGGUAAACGGGCUAGCACAGAACCCCGGCCGACCGAAUCUGGCGGUGUAUAGAGAAUAGGCGGAUUCCGAAGUAUUCAAUAUGGUUGAAUGUAUGGCACGUUUAGAAGGCCGAGUAUUGAGCUUAUGUGUAGAUGUUCAGUUAUAAUGCACUAGGAGGCAUCAAAAUCUCAUAUUUUUCAUCUGGGAGCUA